AUGAGGAGUGAGGCGAAUUAUCUUCUCGCUGCCCUUGCGAUCGCUGAUAUCCUGCUGUUCCUGACGAUGCUGCCUGCAGCACUGGGAGUUUGGCCAUCAUUCUACACCAACGAUUACUUCAGGAGGUUCUACUACCAUUCGCAUACAAUGCGUCACUGGUUUUCGAACGUCUUCUCAUGCAUCACUUCGUGGCUUAUUCUAGCGGUUUCUGUGGAAAGGUAA